AUGGCGCAACCCAAGAUGAUGCAACUCGAUACGAAGUUUGCGUUGGCGGGCACAAGGCCAAGGUGCUCCAAGUGCAAGCGGCAGGCAGCUCCUGUUGGCCGACGGCGAGGUGCUGCCGAGAAGGCAAGGAAGAGCCUUGCAAAAGCCAGCCUUCGGCUUUGCAAGGCCUUGGCUGAAGCUUCGCCAUAUCAGCGCCGGCUGACGAUUGCGAGCCUCAGCAAGGGCCUGCGCCUAGAGCUCAUUUCUGUUCGGGAGGCCCAGCAAAGACACCUCGACAAGGGGCCAAGGAGCCGGUCCCAAUCUGUCCGGCGCACGCUCCGUGGCAACGUUUGGUCAGUGAGAACCACAUCCGGUUGGUACCACCGGGUGCGGCUGACGCUUCACGGAGUUGCGAUCGCGUCCUGCCGAUUGCCGAGCCGUGACAUCGCAGUGCAUGCUCGGGCAGAGAUCGUCGCCGCCGCAGAGCACGCAGCCUCCACAGGAGGCGAUGCUGAAGCCGUUUUGCGAGCAGUGCACGUGGCAGGCUCGUCCUUCCAGGUAGGUAGCGGUGGCCUUGGACUUUGCUAUCAGGCUGUCCUUGAUGCCCGACGCUGCACCGGGGGCCAUCGCCUUCACAGCAAGACCGUGCACUCGAUGGAGGAGGCAAUCUUCCUCCGGCGAACGGUAGCAGACGUCCGAGAAGCUGGACUCCGACAUGUCGGCCAGAUCUUCAACAGCUGGUCGCAGGAGCCCAGGCACCAAAAGGGCCGCCGCCUGCGCCGCUGCCUCCCGAGAGGCGAGGCAGAGGCCUACGCAGAGCGAGCCCUGAAACGGGCAGAGGCCAGGGAGGCCAGGCGGUCCGCCGCGCGGGCAGAGGGUCAAGCCGAGCGCCUUGGCCGCCUCAGUGCCCGGGCAGAGGCGGCACUGCGAUGCGUUGCUGCGGCGGCCCAGGCGUCCAUGAGCCCCUGCAAAGGCAGAGCCACUCCGGGAUCCGCUCUGGAGGCGCUCUCUUCCGUGAAGAGAGCCAGGGCAGCUAGGGCAGGGCUCAGUCUCACUCAGGGUCCGAGCACUGGCGCAGGCACGACCCGAAGCUGUUCCACACUUCUAGGGCUCUAG